UUUAUUAUUCGGCUUAGAGUAAUAAAAUUAACGCUAUUCUCUUGUGUCUGAUUUUGUUAGGUAGUUAUUAAAAUACAUGGAAUAGAGUCUCAAAGAAAAUUGUUCUAAUGUACGCCAGCAAAAGUUUAAAGUUUCUGUGUGUUUGUGUUCUAUGCUCUGACAUAAUACUUCUAGUGAGUUCUGUUAAUAGUAGCACUCAUGAGGAAGUUAAGUUUACAUCAGAGCCUAGUGCAGAGUUUGAAAUAUUGAACAGUGCUGAUGAGUCUAGUGUAACCGAAUUCGACGGACUAAAUACUUUGGACACUUCUCAGCAGGUGAAGAAAUCCUAUACAGAAAUAGAGCAUGAGAGUACAUUGGGCCAAAAUGUUAAGACUUUUGAUUGGUUAGAGAGUGCCACGGUGUAUACAGCUUCUGUUGAUUUGACAGAAUCCUUGCCCACGUCAGCCGUCACUUACGACAGAAAUGAUAGUAGCAUUAAUGAGUCAUCGACUCCCUCCCAGGGGAUAGCUGAUUUCAGUAGUCGUAUAAAACCUGUAAGCGGCACUGCUUCAAAUAUGGACAGAACAUUCAUCAACUUGCCAAGAACAGAGAUUUCAAAAAUAAUAAUAGGCACAAUUGUUAUCAAGUCGUGUCGACUUCGUCCUCAGUUAAACGCUUCAGAGACUCAAUUAUGUGAGGCGAGCAAUGUCAUUAAUGCGGAAACUUUGACAGCAUUAUUGGAUAAAGAGACAAACUUGACCUAUCAAAAUAUUUUCUGUGCUAAAUGCAACAAUGUAACAGCAAAGCUGACCCCGGCCAAAUUAAAGGUUAAGUGUCGCAGCGCCAUGUUUAUUUACCAGGCCACACAUUUAGACUCCCUCCUGAAGAUGGCGCUAGAAAGCGGAUCCAAUUGCAUAGUAACACAGACCUGGUCUGAGGAAAAUGUCACAUUGUGCAUGCCUAACAAAUAUUGUUCACAGCUAGAUAAUCUGAAACUUGGUGAUUCAGUUUGUCGAGAGAAACCAAAUAUUUGGCUAAGUGUUCAGUCUGAACCAAGUGAUGAUGAUCGUGGUUCAGAUUGA